AAUUCAAAAUACUGGACGUAGUAGCAGACGAAAACAAUUGGCGCCUCGUUCUCGACUUGUUCGUCAAUGUGAUCUCUGUGAUUUUUCUUCAUCAACAAUAAACGAAUUUAAAAAUCAUAUGAAAUUCGAACACGGACAGGACGAAGUUUUUUUAUGUGAUACAUGUCGAUAUUAUUCAUUAUCAUCAUAUGAUUUUCAUGUACAUCUUAAUUCUCAUCACAAUGAAUCAUCUAAAAAUAAUCAUCAAUCACCAUCACCACCACCGAAAUUAAAUCUUUCAUUACAACAACCUUCAAAUGUCGAAUUUGAAGGUGAUUUAGAAGGAGUUGAUGAUGAUGUUGAACAUCAACUUAAUAUUGAAGAUUCAAAAGAACAAAAUACAACAAUAUUUGAUAAUGAUGAACAAAGUUCUGAUGAUGAACAAGUAAGAGAAAAAAAACGAAAUUUUUUAAAUAUUCGCUUAUUCGUCAAAAUAAAGUUAUCAGUUUUUAUCGAAAGAGGGCGCACGUUCUCGGCAUCACAUUAGAAAAAAAAAUGAGAAAUCAAAUUUUUCAAUAAAAAUUGCACAAGUUUUGAGAUAGAAUAUCAUCACCAAUAUUCUGUGAUUUUUCUUUUAAAAUAAAUUACAUGAGUUUAAAUCGAAAUAAUAGUCUAUAUUUGAAUAACUAUACAUAAAUAACCAAGCCAGUGGCGGAUCUAGGAUUUUGGAAGAUACGGGCGUUUCCGUAUAGGGGGAGGGGCGAUUUCAGCUAAGAAUUAUUUUUUGAGCCCAAUCGAAGUAGUGUGAACCUACUUUUGCUGUAAAAAAUCAAAAAAAAUUCUGAACGGGCGGGAGGCGACCGCACCCGUCGCCCACCCCUAAAUCCGCCCAAGCGAUAUAUAUCUACUAUGAUUUAUUUUUCGUGUCCUAUAAUGAUAUUUUUCAUUAAUCGAUUAUAAUAAAUAGUCUUAUCUAUCAAACGAUGACCUAGUACUAAGAAAUAAAUAAUGAUCUACUUUUAUAAAGUUAAUUUUAAACGUAUGUUCUUAUACAGUAGUUUCAGACAUAAGACAUUUAUAUUCAUUUAUAUUGAUAGACAUAUGGAUAAAAUAAAAAUUUGUUCAUUUUCUUUUAACUUCUGUUACCAAAAAUCGGAUAUUAAAUUUCUAUCUUAACU